GGGAGGGAGUGACUUUGACUGAACAGCAGAGGGAGGGAGUGGUUUUGACUCAACAGCAGAGGGAGGGAGUGACUUUGACUGAACAGCAGAGGGAGGGAGUGGAUUUGACUAAACAGCAGAGGGAGGUCAUCGUUAACGUGGUGACGGUACCGGGAAAAUAAAAUCUGACAAAAUGGCUUCAUCAAGCACAACAAAACCCUUGGAGAAGGAUGAAGACACAGAUAAACAGACUCUGGGUAGAAGAAGAAACUCCAAAAGUGAUGGUCCAGACAUGUCCAUGACCAGGAUCGUGCUGGUGGGGAAGACAGGCGCUGGAAAAAGCUCUUCAGGAAACACAAUCCUGGGGAGGAGAGCUUUUAGAGAUGAUCGAUCUAGUUCUUCUGUAACUAAGGAGUGUCGUAAGGAGACAGAAGAGAUGGCAGGGAGACAGGUCUGGCUAGUGGACACACCAGGAUUAUUUGACACAAGCCACUCUGACAGUUACUUAGAGACAGAAAUCAGUAAAUGUAUCAACAUGACUUCACCUGGUCCCCAUGCAGUCGUAUUGGUCAUGAACGUAGGGCCUUUCACAAAGGAGGAACAGAACGCGGUAAAGAAAAUCAGGGUACUGUUUGGAGAAGAAGCUAACAAGUAUACCAUGAUCCUCUUCACCCAUGGAGAUGAGUUGGGUGAAGGUGGCAUAAAGCAGUAUGUGAAUGAAGCUCAGGAUGAUCUCCAGACACUUAUGGACCAGUGUGGUGGAAGGUACCAUGUUUUUGACAACACAAAGAUGGAAAACAGGGGACAAGUUCUGGACUUCUUUGAGAAAAUUGACCACAUGGUGGCAGUAAACGGUCAAGACCACUACACCAAUGACAAAUACCAAGAGGUGGAGAGAACGCUUAGUACCAGGGAAGAAGAGUUGAGGAAGCAGUAUGAAGAAGAACUGCGGAAGCUACAAGACGAAGAGAAGAAACUGCCUCCCAGAUACCAGGAGGAAUUGAAGAAACUACAGAGUAAAAUUAAGGCACUGAAGCAGUCAACGGAGGAAGAAGAGAAGAAACUGAAAGAACUACAACUCCUGGAUCAAAACAAAAUCUGGCGAAUCAUGGAACACAAGCGUUACUAUGAGAGGAAGUUGAGGGCUGUGAGGGAGGAAGCAGAGUUAAUCCAAGAUAACAAAGGGAUGUCCACAGAGGUCUAUAAGAAGUUACAGGAUCUCCAUCUCUGAAAUAGCUGGUGAUUGUGAUGGUUGUGUUUAUUUCUCCCCACUAUUAUUUGUGGUCACUUAUGAACCCACUCGCUGAAUCCACCAGGAACCGUCCCACCCUGAUCUGUUUCACCUGUCUUUGUGCUGGUCUCCACCCCCCACCAGGUGUCUCCCAUCUCCCAUCAUUAUCCCCCGUGUAUUUAUUCCCACGGGGGGCCAGUACAAUUCACAUGAAAUUGUACUGGCAUGAAAUGCAUGAAAUGAAAUGUAUGCAUUCACUACUGUAAGUCGCUCUGGAUAAGAGCGUCUGCUAAAUGACUGAAAUGUAAUGUAAAUGUAUACCUGCGUUUUCUGUUUGUCUGUUGCCAGUUUCGUAUUGUCCCGUCAAGUCCUACCAGCGAGUUCCCGCGUUUCCUGUGCUCUAGUUUUAGUUUUUCUCAGUCUUCCCAGUUCUGACCUUUCUGCCUGUCCUGACCCUGAUCCUGCCUGUCGUCCUGUACCUUUCUGCCUGUCCUGAUCCUGCCCGUCGUCCUGUACCUUUCUGCCUGUCCUGACCCUGCCCGUCGUCCUGUACCUUUCUG